AUGAUUGGCCUGGAGAUCCUGCUGAGACGAGGUCAUGCGUUGAUCCUGCUGCUGGCUGUAAUCCUGGUCCUUCCCACCCACUCCAAAUGGACCGAUGCCUUCCACGGAAACGUGCUUCUACUCACUGCACAUCCCGACGACGAAUGCAUGUUUUUCGCGCCGACUCUACUUGCGCUCCGUAGCUCCAGAGUGCAUGCGCUAUGUCUUUCUGUUGGUGACGCCGACGGACUAGGAGGGACGCGGAAACGCGAGUUUGAAUACAGUCUAGACCUUCUCGGUGUUGGCCGCGACCAACGACGCGUCCUCGAUCAUCCUGAUUUGCAGGACAACUUUACGCAAAUCUGGAAUGCGCAAUCUAUCUCGGAUGUUCUGUCUCCGGUUCUCAAGGAAUGGAAUAUCGACACCAUCCUCACUUUUGACGCGGGAGGUGUCUCUGGACAUCCCAACCAUCGUUCACUACCGGAGGGCGUCUUGGUACUUCAAUCGAGCACACAGACUGCUUUCCGCGCGUUCACUCUCAUCACAACACCUUUGCCCACCAAAUACAUCGGUGUCAUAGCGCCGGUUUGGGAAAAGCUUCGAUCGCUCCUCUCCACCAAAAACACAAUUACUUUUGUGUCCUCCCCCCACCAGUAUAUCUCCGCCCUGGCUGCAAUGCGAGCCCAUGCUUCUCAGCUCGUUUGGUUCCGCUGGCUGUAUGUGAUGUUCUCGCGCUAUAUGUGGGUGAACGAGUGGAUCGAAUUAGCAUAG